AUGCGGAGAGUCAGAACGGCCAAGGUGGCGGUGGUUGAGCAACAGACCAUGGUUGGGGCCGGAGAAGCUAACGGAUCUGGAGGAUCGAAAGAGAUUAGGUUCCGAGGAGUGAGAAAGAGACCAUGGGGAAGAUUUGCAGCAGAGAUCAGAGACCCAUGGAAAAAAGCUAGGGUUUGGUUGGGGACUUUUGACUCGGCGGAGGACGCUGCUCGAGCCUACGACGCAGCUGCUCGUUCGCUUCGAGGUCCCAAGGCCAAGACCAACUUCCCCAUAACCACUCCUUUGAAUCCCUACCCUCAGUUUCAUCAAAACCCUAACGAUCCCUUCGUCGAUCACCGUUUGUUCUCUCAGAAUUACCCUCCAGAGCACCCGAUCGUCGCCCAGAGGCCCACCACUAGCAGUUUGAGUAGUACAGUUGAGUCGUUCAGUGGCCCCAGGCAGACUCAGCCGGUUGUGAUACCGUCCCGGAGAUACCCUCGGUCGCCGCCUUUGCUGCCAGACGAUUGCCACAGCGAUUGUGACUCGUCCUCGUCGGUGGUUGAUGAUGGAGACGGAGAUAUUGCUUCGUCAUCGGUUCGGAAACCCUUGCCUUUCGAUCUAAACUUACCUCCGUCGCUUGAUGAUGUUGACUCUGUGGGCGAUGAUCUUCACUGCACAAAUCUUUGUCUGUGA